AGCUCACAACCGGCCACCACCGGUUCAACUUCCAACUUUCCCACGGCCAGAUAACAUAAAGGUCACAGCGCAGGUCGCUACCCCAUCAACGCACUCAGCAACGCAACCACAGCGCCGACUCUGCAUUCAACCUCUCUCUGUAAAGCGAAUAGUGCGAAGACCGAAGUGAACGUUGUCGCAAUGGCUGCUGGAGACCACAAGAAAGAAGACUUCCGGAAGUACCUGGAGAAGAACGGGAUCGUGGAUGCGCUGACGAAAGUUCUCGUUGGUCUGUACGAGGAACCAGAGAAGCCGGAAAAUGCAUUGGAGUACGUGAAACAGUUUCUAGGCGGCCCAUCCGACGUAGACGUAGAAGCGCUCAAGUCCGAGAACGAGGAGCUGCGUCGCAAGGUGGAGGAGCUGCAGCAGCGGCUGGAUGAGGCUGGUGGGGCGGGUGGAGCGGGGCAGGGAGCUGCGCAAGGAAGCGGGGCCGCGAAUCCAGGAGCACCGGCGGCAUCUGGAGAGGGGGCCGUCAUCUGAGAAACAGGACUGAAUGCAUUAGCUGCGGACGUUUGAUGUGCCAUGCGAUCUCAUUGAUCAGAUUUCUGCAUCUACUGUACAACACAGUGCUUUUGGCACCUGGGGCUUUGUGAAGUGAAUGCAGAGUGUAAUAUAUAC